AUGAGCAACUUUCGACUGGAGGAGUCUAUCAAGGAGCUGGUCAAAUUAUUUCAUCAUUAUGCUAAACAAGAUGACACUAUUAACAAGGCUGACCUGCUGGCGAUGAUGACGGAGCACUUUCCUGACUUUCUCAAAGAAUGUAACAAAAAGGGCACAGAUUAUUUGGCCAAUAUCUUUGAGAAAAAAGACAAGAAUGGUGAUAAGAAGAUUGAUUUUUCUGAGUUUCUAUCUGCAAUAGGAGAUAUAGCUACAGACUACCACAAGCAGAGCCACCGUGCAGCACCCUGUUCUGAGGGACACCACUGA